AUGACUGGAAGGUCAUUGGGUCUACGUGCAGGGAGUUAUGGGUCAUUGCCGAGCAUAAAAAAUGUUAUUGCUGGUUCUAGUGAAAAGGAGAGGUCUCUCCCCUCUGUUUGGUAUCGGUGUCUAGGUCGCCGGAAAGUUUCCAUGCUGCUUCUGGUUGCCCUUGCCCUUUUGGUCUUCGUCUUGGGUUCUUUUCUUGUCAACAAAGAAAGCAAUAGUGCAACUGUUGAUCAACAGAUGGAAACGACUCAUUAUCUGAAUGGCGGCCAUAAUGAAGCUUCACGGAUCCUCAGAAGGAAGGAUCAGCAUAAAGAUAAAAAGUAUUCUGCAGCAAAUAGUGUGAAUGGGGGUGAUGGAAAUAGAGUUCAAGUUUCUGCUUCUAAAGGUGCGAACCAUCCAUGCGCGAAUUAG